AUUAGAGUUUAGUCAACAGCUGAAUACCGUGCUAUACAGAUUACUAUUUUUAACAAAUAGUACUUUGUAAUGUUCAAGUAGUGGAAUAUUAUCAAAAUAAAAAUUCAGGAUGUAUGUCUAUCUCGUAUUUUCCAUAUUAAUAGGACACUGUCUUGCCCAAAGCAAACCUCCAUUCUGUCCUCCAUGUAGCUGCAAAACUGUCGAACAAACCAAAUUCGAAGUCACGUGCGAUCAAGAUGUCAGAGAUAAACUAUUCCAGGAGUCAUCUUGGAUAGACAGCACAAAUAAAACCUUUCCCUAUAAAGCGUUGCUAGUUCACAACAUGCCAAUUUUAACACUGGACAAAAAAUUUCCCAUCUCUAAUGUUAGCUACCUGAGCCUGGCCAACAACUCCAUAGUCAACAUAACUGAUUCCAUUUUUAGCAACUUGCAAGAUAUGAUAACCUUGGAUUUGAGCUACAAUAACAUUGAACAGAUACAUCCCGACGCUUUUGAUGGCCAGUAUUUGAUAAAUGAAUUCAGACCCCUCAAAUCUUUGAAAAAUCUUCACUUGGACCACAACAGGAUUAGCAGCUUAAACCAAGACGUUUUUGAACACACGCCUAAUGUUGAGAUUCUAACUAUUUCACACAACCCUUUGGAUAAAAUCGACCAACAAACGCUGGUGGCCAUCACCGGUUUAGUCUUUUUGAAACAUUUGGAUUUAAGCUAUACCGGGUUAUCGUCGCUUCCUGACGCGUUUUUACACACUCCAAGGUAUUUGGAAAAACUUGAUCUCAGUGGCAAUCAGUUCAACAGAAUCCCUAAAACACUAGGAGAUUCACAUAGUUUGUCAGUUCUUUACUUCAACAACAAUCCCAUUGUGAGUUUGGCGGAAGAAAAUGGCUUUCCCAAAAUUCCAACUCUGAAAAUUCUUCACCUCAGCGGUAUGAGAAAACUAUUAAAUAUCACUAGUAGGGCACUAAGCAACUUAGAAAAUUUAGAAGAACUAUUUUGUUAUGAUAAUCCGGAAUUGACACACAUUGAUAAGGAUGCCUUAUCAGCCAAACGGGAUGGUGCGGAGUAUGAAACCUGGCCAUCAAUCAAAAAACUUUAUUUGCAAGAUAACAAAUUAUCUUACAUUGACAUGCAACUCAUUCUACAGUGGAAAGAUCUUACAGAGCUAGAUCUAACAAACAAUCCAUGGACUUGUGAGUGCGAAAACCAGUGGAUAGUCGAUGAGCUGAUGCCAAUUUAUCUGAGACUUGACGACCAGAAAGCCAAACGAUUGAGAUGUGGAGCUCCCAUCGAAAUGGUUGCUUUAACCUUUUAUGAUGUCUACAAGAAAGAAACUACGAUGAGAUGUUUAGAUUUGUAUGGGCACAGACCGGAGCGAGAUGGUGCUUUAUUAGUCGGAAUUUUGGCUGGAGUUUUGAUAACCAUCCCUGUAGUGCUGUUUCUCAUCUAUGCUUAUCAAAGGCAUUGGUUUGGACUGUUUGAUAAUUCUCCAGCUGGAUUUUCGAGGCAGUUUUACAAAAAAACUACAUCAGAAGAUGGGCCUUUUUAAGGAGAGUUAUGUGUCUUAGUGUAGGGUUCUUCUAAGUAGUAUUGUGAAAUUGCACAAAAAAUGUUGAUUUUUGUUCUUGUUUAGUGAAAAUUUUGUCGGAAAAAAAUUAUGCAACGGAUUUGAUGAAAAGUCAUACAGUUUGAGGUAACACUAUAGCACAUCACAAAAUUGUACAUGCAAAUUUACCGAAUUACUCCGUGCUUUUUAACUCAUUGCAUAAUAGAUUCAUAAUAACAAUCAGUAUAUAUUUAUUUAGGUACCUGUAAUUAAUUUAUGUUAAAAAACCGUUGGAGCAAGUUGCAGUGUUAAAUUUUAAUAGUUUUAGGAUGUACAGUUUUUAAGUACUAAAGAGAUUAAUUAUUACACCGAUUUUAAAACUUAUCCAUUACAUGAUGAUAAAAAUGUGCCUAAAUAUAUAGAGUUCGUAUUUACUAUAAACUGAGUAAACUAAGCUUUUUUGUAGUAAAUUUCUCGUUUAUUGUUUGUUAUAUUUUUUAUUGUGAUGCUUUGUGAUGGUAUAUUAUUGUUUAAUAUAUGUUUUAUGUUA